AUAGCUUUCACUUUGAGCGAGCGUAACAAGCAAAUAUGUCAACAAAGUUGGAAACGUGGCCCAGCAAAUUUUGGAGUAGAUCCCAAGCUAACCGAAUCAAAUAAAAGCGAUCCUUCUAAUAGUACUGAAGAGGAGAGUGUGAACUCGGUGCAUGUGAAGGUGGUAAAGGUCAAAUUGAUUAAGGAACGUGAAUUCAAAGGACCAAUAUGUCAAGAAUAUGCUUGUAGGAGAUUACGUUUAUUGGCAGGACAAUAA